AUGUCAGAUUCCGCGGAUAAGCGCACAUCAAACAUCCACCUAGACAGAGCUAUAAAAUAUGAGCGCCAAGUAUCAGGAGCUGGGACUCAAUCCGAAGCAUUGGAAGCUGCAAUUGCUGCGGCCGAGAACUACAUGCGUGCGCUGAAAUUAGCAGACACUCCUCGGGAAAAGCAGUAUCUAGAUUCGAAGUGCAAAGAUUGGAUCUCACGCGCAGAGAAAAUUAAAUUAGACAAAACAUGGAGACCAUCUACUCCUCAGGCUGAAAAUCGCAUGCUGAAGGAGCCAGUGUCUAAGCGCAAGCUCUCGACAAGAGAAGAGAUUAUUCUCUUGGAGAGCUCGAAGCUCAAUGGAUUUCUAUUUCCACCCUGGAAGAAUGAUCCCAAUCCUCGAGAGUUUGAGCUGCUUGGUGGUGAAGGGCAAUUUGAGGAUAAGACUCUCAGUCUCUCUGUUCCACAGAAAGAGGUCUUUAAUGGCUGGAAACGCCCUGCUGAGCUCGUCAAAGAGCGUAGUCAAGGCAAUAUCACCCCUAAAAAACCCAACCCUGCCGGAACAAAAAAGGUAAUGGACCUUGUCCAAGAUAUCACUACAGACUGCUCUGUAAUAGCAAGUAUUUGUGCGGCGACUUCUAGAUUUGAGCGCGGUCAUGAAUUUCUAUUUCGAAAUGCGAUAUUCCCUUUUGAUUACAUCAAAAAUAUUCCUGACACUUCUAUAUCCGGAAAGUACAUAUUCCGCUUUUACUUCAAUGGCUGCUACAGGAAAGUAGUCAUUGAUGACAGACUCCCUUCAUCCAAAUCAUCACGCUCACUUUUUGCAUUUGACCGAAAUGCACCGGAAUCAUUCUGGCCGGCCUUGAUUGAGAAAGCGUACCUAAAACUUCGUGGUGGUUACGACUUUCCGGGCAGCAACUCAGGCACUGAUCUGUGGAUACUCACCGGUUGGAUCCCGGAGCAAAUCUUCCUUCAUCAUGAAGAUGUAGCGCCAGAUCAGUUGUGGGGACGCAUACUUGGAGCCUUUCAAUACGGGGAUAUUGUUUUGACCCUGGGGACGGGAGAACUCAAUUCUCGCGAAGAGCGCCUCCAGGGACUCAUUGGUCGGCAUGACUAUGCUGUUCUUGACCUGAAUGAGAGUGAUGGCUAUCGUCGGUUACUCAUCAAGAAUCCAUGGGCGGAUUCCAGUUCUAGGACUCCUCAUAGCUAUAGUCGCGCUUCUGAACAAAGUGCACUGGAUACCACCUCAACUCCUCUUCUGCCCGGAUCCUUUUGGAUGGACUAUGACCAGGUCUUUCAGAAUUUCAACAACAUGUACCUGAACUGGAACCCGGGUCUUUUCACUACUCGCCAGGAUAUACAUUUCACAUGGGAUUUGUCAAAGGCGCUUUUCAAUUUUUCAUGCUUUGCAAAUAGCCCGCAGUUCUCGAUUUCAACGGUAGCAGGCGGUCCUGUUUGGUUGCUUCUCAGCAAGCAUUUCCGUACCACAAAUACCACAAAUCCAAGUGCUGAGUCAGGGUUCAUCAGCAUUUAUGUGUCGAAAAAAGGAGGUCAACGAAUAUUUAUCAGCGAUGAUGCUUUCUACCGUGGGCCGUUUGUGGACUCUCCCAACACAUUGGCGAAGAUUGACAUGGAAGCAAAUUCAACAUAUACGGUGGUCGUAGCGGAACAAACCCUGCCCUUGAUGCCUCAAAACUUCACACUUUCUGCGUUGUCAAGGAAUGAAGUCGUACUCAAACCUGCUGAGGACAAGUUUUCGCAUACCUAUCAAAUGGAAAGUGAAUGGAGCCCGGUUACAGCAGGCGGAAAUACAGAGUCGCCCCGAUACCCGUCCAAUCCGCAACAUGUUUUGCAGAUAUCAGACACAGCAGAUGUUGUGAUACUCCUGGAGGCUUCAGAGCCAGGCUUAGCUGUUCACGCAAAGCUGUUUUGGUCUGAUGGCCAGCGUGUAUCUACCGUGAAGAAACGCGAUAUCGUCACGGACAGCGGUCAUUAUCGCCCGGGCUGCGUGGUCGCCGAGACGGAGAAAUUACGUCCAGGCUCAUACACACUAGUCUGUUCAACAUUUCUCCCUGACCAAGUCGCAAAGUUCAAUAUCUGUGUCUUCUCUACUAAGCCAUGCCAUGUCAGGGCCUUGCCAUCCGAAGCGGCAGGCAGACUAGCCGUUCUAUCUGAUGUGGGCAUCUUACCCCCCGGAAUCGAUCGUAUCUUUGCGCCUUUGACCGUUUCGCGCCUCACAAGACUCAAAUUGAUUGCUCGAAGCCGAAACUCUACUAUUGGUACCCGCCAUGUGACUUCGUCGCCUAUGCUGUUGACCGUUGAGCUUGGCCAAGGACCAUACAAGGAGAUUUUGGCGUCAUCUGAAAAUGGCGAAUUUAGUGAUGCAGUUUCUGGUAUUAGGGUGCCUGAUUUUGAUGCACGUCCGGAGUAUGCGGAGAAGGGAGGGCUUUGGAUUGUGAUUGAAAGAAUUGGGGGGCCGGUUGGACAUGUGACGGACUGUGUAGAUGUGGAAGCUCUCGGCGAGGAGAGAGUUGAAAUUGGGGAAUGGAUUGCCAGUUAG